CAACUUGCCGCCGUCAUGUGUCAAGACAUAAGCAGAGAGGCAGAUCAUUUGCGAUCGUGUUUUAUUCCUCAUUUAUUUAACAUUUAACACAGGACUUUUUUUUGUUGCAUGUGCAAAAUGCUCUGAGUGUUUUUUUCAGAUCUCUACUGACUCGCCAUGAAGCAGAAUUUCAGCCUGAUUCUCCUUGACAAUACCACCUUAGCUUUUUUCAGCGACAAAUCCAUGAGUUGUGUUGUGUCCGCUGCCUAUGUUCUCAUCUCUCUCAUCAACUUCCCCGCUAACGGCCUCUCCAUGUGGCUGCUGGUGUUCCGCACCUCUCCAAAGAGACCUUCCACCAUAUUCAUGAUCAACCUGACCCUCACUGACCUAAUCAUUGGCUGCGUCCUGCCCUUCCAAACCAUCUACCUAAUGAAAGGCUACAACUGGACCUUUGGGUCCAGGAUGUGUAGCUUGACAACAGUCUUGUUGUAUGCCAACAUGUACUGCUCGAUUCUGACAAUGACCGCCAUCAGCAUCGACCGCUACAUCGGAAUCGUUCGGCCCAUGAAUUUCAAAAAUGUUAGAAAGAAUAUUUGGGCCGUGAUUGUCUGUGUAGUUAUUUGGGCGGUUGUUUUGACUGUACUGUACCCGCUGGAGAGCACUGACCUGAUGUAUCAGGUACCCGAUCUUAAUAUAACCACUUGUUUUGACGUCCUGAAAUUAAAUAUGCUUCCAACACUCCAGCACUGGAUUCUUUACCUGAUGAUCUGGUGCGGCAUCUUAUUCCUCAUCCCCUUUAUCAUAACAAUCUUCUGCUACGUGAACAUCAUCCACUCUCUAGCCAAGACGAGAAGUGACAAGAAGGAUAAGGCCCUACGUCUGGCACUCUCCGUGCUCCUUGUGUUCAUAGUUUGCUUUGCCCCCAACAACAUCCUUCUGGUGGCUCAUGCCAUUAGAAGACUCCUCUACGGUGACACCUUGUACACGGCCUAUAAGCUAUCGCUCUCGCUCAGCUGCCUAAACAGCUGCCUCGACCCCUUCAUUUAUUACUUUGCUUCCGAAGAGUUUCGUCAGAACUUCAGGAAAGUGCUGGGAUUGAAGACAGCAAGGAACCGGAAUUCAUCCCGGCAGCACACUUCACACCAUACCCUGCUGCCGAUGAAAUGACCGCCUUCGUUAUUAACGUGAAACAACCUAGUAACAAGCUUUGAGGUCUGCGAUUUCUCUUUUGAGUCCAAGUAUAUGUGACAGCUGUAAAUACACACAUCAGUUUUAAGAAGAAUAUAUGAAUUUUUGUAUCACAAUUCAGGGUUCGUUUUAUUACAUUUAUUACUAUUCACUGGUUUUGAUGUAUUUUUCAUUGAUGUAAUUUUGUAAUUGAGCAUUAACAUGAGUAUUAAUAUUUCGAGACAUUUGUGAUACUUGUUAUGCUUCUUAUCGUAUUAUAUUAUAUGAUAUUGUAUAUUAUAUGAUAAAAAGCCUCUUGUGUGCUACUUUGAUUAUUUUGCCAUUAGUUGUAUUAUCGUUAUUACCAUUGUGUUCUUUUUUGCAUUGAAAUUACAUUAAUGACAAUAAAAAUGAUCAGUUGUGCUCUUAA